AAGAGGACAGGGAUAAAGGAAACGAAGAAGGGAGAAGCAAGAAGAGGAUAAGAGCCCGAGCGUUACCCGAUCAGGUCAGGGAGUCAAGCUGAAUAAUGAAGAGCGAGUCGGCGUGGAUGCUGGGACUCCUUUUCGGAGUGAUACUAUUGCGGUUCCGCACUCGCGCCUCAUCGGACCCGUGCUACGACGAGGACCGGCCCCGCCGAUGCAUCCCUGAUUUCGUGAACGCGGCGUUCGGCGCGGCGGUCGAGGCGUCGUCGACCUGCGGCAGCGGCGGCCCGACGAGAUACUGCGACGUGACCGAACAGCCGGGAGGCAGCACCGGCAUAGGUCAGUGCCAUAUUUGCGACGACAGCACGCCGCGGCGACGUUUCCCGGCCAGCUACCUGACGGACCUGAACAACCCGAGCAACGUGACUUGCUGGCGCAGCGAGCCGCUGGUCACGUCUCAGAGCUUCUCCGCGCCGCCCGACAACGUGACCUUGACCCUCUCCCUGGGGAAGAAGUACGAACUGACCUACGUCAGCCUGCAGUUCUGCCCGAAAGCGGCAAAGCCGGACUCAAUCGCGAUCUACAAGUCCAUGGACUACGGGAAGACCUGGCAGCCGUUCCAGUUCUACUCGUCCCAGUGCCGGCGGGUCUACGGGAGGCCAAACCGGGCGACGAUCACCAAGGAGAACGAGCAAGAGGCCAGGUGCACGGACAGCCACCGGUACACCGGCGGCGACGGCCUAGGCCCCGUUGGCAGGAUCGCGUUCAGCACCCUGGAAGGUCGACCGUCCGCAUCGGACUUCGACAAUUCGCCUAUACUCCAGGAUUGGGUCACUGCUACCGAUGUCCGGGUAGUCUUUAAUCGUUUGCACAUGCCGCAGCAGUCGUCGCAGGACCAAGUCUCGCAGCUAGGCAGUGGAAACGGGGAUGACAGGGACCAUGAUCACGGUUUGGGUCUCGGGCUCGAAGAGAUCGCUAAACGCGAGAGGGAGCGCGAGGAGAGGAUAAAGAAUCAAAAGUCUUUAUUGCGCGGGGCGGUUGAUCCUUUAGCGACCGCGUUGCCCUCGGUUCACCAGGUGAUCGCGCCGCAAGAGAUGCAAUCGAAUGACGCGGUGGACGUCGGCGACAUCAGCUUCGCGUCCGCCGUCACCAUAUCCACGCCGACCACCACCACCACCCUGACCAGCAACCUGGGGACCAGCACGCUCGCGCAUCACUACGCUGUCUCCGACUUCGCCGUCGGCGGCAGGUGUAAGUGCAACGGCCACGCGGCAAGGUGCGUCCCAGGCAAGGACGGCGAGCUCGCAUGCGAGUGCAGCCACAACACCGCCGGCAGGGAUUGCGAGAGGUGUCGGCCGUUCCACUUCGACCGGCCAUGGGCUAGGGCCACCGCCAGGGAUGCCAAUGAAUGCAAAGUAUGCAACUGCAAUUUUCACGCGAGAAAGUGCAUAUUCAACAUGGAACUGUACAAGCUGUCGGGUCGUGUCAGCGGAGGCGUUUGUCUGCAGUGCUGGCAUUUUACAGCUGGAAGACACUGUCAUUAUUGUCGGGAAGGUUACUACAGAGAUCCAGCGAGAUCGAUCACGCAUCGUAGGGCCUGCAAACCGUGUGACUGUCACCCGAUCGGAGCCUCCGGGAAAAUUUGUAACCAAAGUACCGGCCAGUGUCCGUGUAAAGACGGUGUAACCGGUAUCACUUGUAACAGAUGUGCCAGAGGUUACCAACAGAGUAGAUCGCACAUUGCGCCUUGCAUCAGAAUACCGAGGGUCGUGCAAACGCAGGGCACAGCCGGCGAGGAGAGCGGGGAAUACGAGGAGGACGACGACGAACGUGGCUACGAUGGACGAGCCGAACAAUGUGGAAAGUGUCGAGCCAACACUAAGAGAUUAAACCUCAUGAAGUACUGCAAAAGAGAUUAUGCUGUUCUGGGUAGAAUAACAGACAGGCACAAAAAGAACGAGGGAUUACCCGGUGAAUCGAGUGUAUCCGGAUCAGUUUGGACACGAUUCACCUUAAACAUCGACUUCAUUUACAAAAAGGCCCCCAAUUCGAGGAUCCGUCGCGGCGACGUGUUCCUGUACGUGCACUCAACCGAUUUGGCUUGCAGAUGCCCGAAAAUCAAGCCGAAUAAGUUAUAUUUGAUUCUUGGCCAAGAGAGCGAUGGCGGAGGUCAAGGUGGACUGACAGUGACGCAGAGGUCGAUCGUCAUCGAAUGGCGCAACGAGUGGCACCGCCGAAUGCGACGCUUCCAGCGAAGAGCGAGAUCCUGUGUCAUUGAACUAAUUCGCGGCAUACCAAGGAAAAUAGACGAAGAAAGAAGAGAAGAA